GGGGUCGGGUGGGAGGGGGUUGACUGGACGCAAUCAAACAACGCCACCUGUGCAGUCCUUCAUAGCUGGGACUGGAGAUGAGGUGUUGAUGCCGUGCUCACCUCUCCUGGGACAGGGACCUAAAUGGCGCAGCAUGAUUUUGCUCCAGCCUGGCUCAAUUUUCCCACCCCGCCCUCAUCCGCGAAGCCCUCUCUGAGCUCUGAGAAGCCGCCGGAGGCCCCCGUCUGCCCCGACAACCGCAGCGAUGUGAGCCGCAGGCGACACAACUCCUCCGACGGAUUCCAGUCCCUCAACGGACGCGCUGGAGGAAGUUACUCCAGGAAGGAGAAGAACGGCUGGAGGGGCCGGAACGGCAGCGAGGGCGGGGCCCCCCGGGCGGGGGCCUUCCAGGGUGGGGGGGGCCCCUCCCGCUCCAGGGCCCCGGGCCCCUCCCACGGGGGCAAGGUCAAAGUCCCACGCGAGAACGACCCCGCCCACGCCCACGCCGGUACAGAGGGCGACCGGCGCAAGCAGUUCCAGGCUGAAGACUUCCCGUCUCUGAAUCCGGACACCGAGCGGGAGGUCAACCAGAGCAAGGCGGUGACGGUGGGUGUGUGGGAACAUCCGCCCAAUCCCAAGUCCAGAAGCUCGAAGAUGAUGGUGAUCAAGCGGCUGCCGAAGGAGGAGCCCAGCUCCACGCUGCCCCCCGCCGUGGCCCACCCCGCCCAGCCUGCGCCCCCCAAGAACGGAAUCCCGUCCUUCUACAAGGGCCUGGUCCCCAAACCGGUGGCUGUUCCCGCAAAGGGCAGCCGCUCGUGCUCCUCCUCCCCCGUGGACCGGGCCGGUCCGCCGCGGCUGAUGAUGAGGCUGACCCGCGCGCGCACCCACAGGAAGAGCCAGUUCCUCAAGGCUCUCAAGCAGGACAAGGUGGACGAGGAGGACCUGGACAACCCCUGCAAGGACGACGACGACGCCUUCCUCGUGCAGAACUGCAACCUGGGACACGGGGACGAGAACAGCAACCGCUUCCAACCCUCCUCCCCUCGGGAGAACGGGAACGCCUCGCUCGUCGCCCGGCAACAGAUCCUCCGCUCCUCCGCCUUCCCGCAGCCCGAGGGCCUGUCCGGCUCCCUGGAGGCAGAGCACAGGCUGCUGAAGGAGAUGGGCUGGCAGGAGAACGACGAGACCUGCGCCCCGCUCACCGAGGACGAGAUGAGGGAGUUCCAGGCCAUAAGCGAGCAGCUGCAGAGGAACGGUCUGCGGAGGAACGGCUUCCUGAGGAACGGCGAGUUCCCGGGCGCCUGGCGGCACGCCGCCCUCCCCUCCCCCGCCCCGGCCGACGCCUCAGAGACCAGCAGCAGCGACACCUCGGACGAUGAGGCCUGAACCAGCGCUUCUGAAAAACCCCUCGGCUCCCCGCCACUCUGCUCUGACCCUUCACUACCGGAGGGAGGGGGGGGGGGACAACCCAGCAACACAAAACACAAAAACACAAACCGCAACACAACGGGGACUCCUGUGUGCCGAGAGUCUGAGGAGAUCUGUAUCAUGGAGAGAGACCCAGGGCUGUCUGAAGGCCUGGCACAAGAACACUUGCUUCACACUUGCUUUGUAAAGUUGGCCCCUGUAGUUUAAGAGAAAAAAGAAAAGCGGAGGGGGGGAAGAAAGAAAACGAAAAAAGGAAAACGACGACUUUGGGUGGAAUUUUAGUGACUCUCGUCUCAAGCACUGAAAGCAUUAAGAACCAGAAUACUGCAAUGUGUGUCUGUUCUGGGAGAAGUGAAUAAAAUGAUUGCAAUUCA